AUGAGUAUAAACUACUCUUCGUUGAUUAUUGUUCAAAAUACAGUCACCAUUCCAUUACCAUCAUUAGAUCCGUAUCGAAAACUACUGAAAAAAUAUCCACAAACUUUGAGUUGUCCAUGCUCAACAAUUUCAAUUCUUUAUUCUACAUUUGUAAGUUUUACACCACGAUACAAUGAAGUGUGUAAAAGCAGAUUUGUAUCCACUGAUUGGAUUGAUACUAUUAAACGUCCACAAGUUCCUUCGAGUUAUUAUUUCGAAAUGUUAGCUAUAUUAUGCACACUCUCCAAUGAAACAAUACAUAACGCUUUGAAUGAGGCUGGUGUUACUCAAUUAAUUAGUUCAACUAUUCAGACAGAACAGAGUAUUGAAACUGAAUCAUAA